AUGGACAGAGAAUGGGGUUCGAAGCCCGGCAGCGGAGGCGCCGCCUCCGCCCAAAACGAAGCCAUCGACCGCCGAGAGCGCCUCCGGAGACUCGCCCUCGAGACCAUCGAUCUCGCCAAAGAUCCCUACUUCAUGCGCAACCACCUUGGCAGCUACGAGUGUAAGCUUUGCUUGACGCUGCACAACAACGAGGGCAACUACUUGGCCCAUACACAGGGGAAGCGCCAUCAGACUAACUUGGCAAAGCGAGCUGCUCGUGAAGCCAAGGAGGCUCCUGCUCAACCCCAGCCUCACAAGCGCAAAGUCAACUUGCGAAAGACAGUUAAAAUUGGUAGGCCGGGGUAUCGAGUGACAAAGCAGUUUGAUGGAGAAUUAAAGCAGAGGUCUCUUCUCUUCCAGAUUGAAUAUCCUGAGAUUGAAGAUAGUACAAGGCCUAGGCACCGUUUUAUGUCAUCUUAUGAGCAGAGAGUUCAAUCUGUCGACAAAAGAUACCAGUAUCUCCUCUUCGCAGCCGAACCAUACGAGAUAAUUGCUUUCAAGGUUCCUAGCACGGAGAUUGACAAAACCCCUGAAAAGUUUUUCUCACAUUGGGAUCCAGACUCAAAAAUGUUCACAUUGCAGCUAUAUUUCAAAACUAAGCCACCAGAGACAAACAAACCGCAACCUCCCCCUGCAGCCAAUGGCCCAGGUGCUCCUGGUGUUCCAUCAAGGCCUUUGCCCCCACCACCCCAAGCUCCACCUCCACCUCCUCCACAAGGACUGCCACCUGGUGCACCAAUGGGAAAUCCUCCUAGACCCCCUCCGCCGAUUCAUGGAUCUUUACUGCCUCCUCCUCCGAUGGGAAAUGGCCCUAGACCCAUGCCUCCUGGUGGAGCUCCUCCCGCCCCUCCUCCACCCCCAGUUGGUAAUAACACAAUGGCAAAUUUCACUCCUGGCACUCAGAUGGGAAGACCUCCAUCAAUGCCACCUCCACAAGGCUUUCCAGGACAACAAAUGCAGGGUCAGGGUCUUCGUCCACCCCCACCACCUCCUAACAUGGGCUAA